GGAGGUUUCGCCACCUGCCAGUGAUAGAGGAGGGAGAGGUGGUGGCCCUAUUGGACAUAACCAAGUGUCUGUACGACGCCAUUGCCAAGAUGGAGCGCGCUGCCGAGAGGGGCGACGCGCUAGCUGCUGCCAUGGAGGGCGUGGAGCGGCAGUGGGGGGGCAAUGCGGCCAUGGGAUUUGUGGAGACGUUUCGGGACAAGGUGUUCCGACCCACUCUUGCGAGUGUGCUGGGGGAAGACCCCAGGCUAGCCACGGUACUGAAGACGGAUCUGGUGAGGACGGCAGCGAGGAGGAUGAGGGAGAGCCGAGUGAGCUCAGUGAUUGUCACCAAUGGCGCCAACAACCGCCCCUGCGGCAUCCUCACCUCAAAGGACAUUCUCACGCGGGUGCUAGCACUCAACCUGCACCCAGACACCACCCUUGUUGACAAGGUAAUGACGCCGAAUCCAGAGUGUGUGCUGCUGAGCACGCCUGUGGUGGACGCCCUUCACACCAUGCAUGACGGCCGCUUCCUGCACCUCCCUGUUGUUGACCAAGACGGCAACUGUGUGGCAUGUGUGGACGUGCUGCAACUCACUCAGGGCGCCAUGUCCUCUGCUGCGGCAGCAUCGGGAUCUGAGAGCGGGGACGCCAUGGGGCAGCUGAUGCAGCGCUUCUGGGACUCAGCCCUCGCACUGCCUCCCGCUGACACCGAGGAAGACACUGCCAGUGUGCGCAGCAGUGACAUGUCGGAUCAAGUGCGCCCCUCAGGAAGCAGGAGGCGAGGCGGAGGCGGCACACAAGCAGCAGGUGGAGCAGGUGUUCCUGCUGGUGGUGCAGUUGGCGCAGGGGCGGGAACAGGAGCCGGGGGAGCGAUGGUGGGGGGGUUGGGGGAGGACUUGUUUUCGUUCAAGCUGGAGGACAGGAGGGGGCGCGUGCACCGGUUCACAGCGGGCAGUGAGAGCAUGACGGAGCUGGUGUGUGCCGUGGCGUCCAGGCUGGGCGGGGACUACGACCCUGACAAUCCGCCCUCCAUUCUGUACGCGGACGAGGACAAUGACAUGGUGGUCAUAUCCACGGAUGAGGAUCUGCAUGCCGCUGUCAAGUUCGCCAAGGCCACCGGCAUCAAGGGUUUGAAGCUCCAUCUUGAAUUUCACGAUGACGAGGACCCAGACUCCCAUUCCAUGCACGGCUCGCAACACGGGUCGCAACACGGGUCGCAACAUGGGUCGCAACGCGGAUCGCUCCGCACGUCACAUCACCAGCGUACACCAUCGUCAAUCAACGGCUCUCGUCGCACCAACCUUUCCGCCCCACCUCGCCCUUCCACCCCGCGGAAAACCGCCGGGGCUGCCUCUCCGGCUCGGUCCCGAGCCUUUGGUGCAGGUUCGGAAGAAGGUGCGGCGGCAUCGAGUUGGGACAACGCAAUGUGGGCGUACACAGUUUCAAUGCUGGCGGUAACAGCGGUGGCAGCUUUUAUCCUCUACGAUACCUAUACCACGCAGAUGCCGAAUCGCGGGAAUUAUUUGUUUCUCAAGAUUGCAUCCAAGGAUUUGCGGGCAUCGGGUAACCAUACGUCCGACUUGCGACGGCGAAAAGGGCAGGUUGGAUUGGAAGAAGAGAACGAGCGGGCGCAUUUUGAGGUCAAUGCUGUAGCUGACGAGCCGCGGACAGGCGAGAAUCACGCGUCGGCAUUUCUCCUCGGCGAUAUCGAGGUGCUGCAGGAGCGCAAGCAGCGGGCAGAGCUUCUCCUCAAUGCUGCGCGCGAGGAUCCCGGGGAAAUGCGCGAUCGCGCGGCGGAGGUCCCGCGCGGAGAACCCCAGCCCGCGGAGGCACUCCGCGGCUGGGCGGAGCUUCUCGGGGACGCUCGCUCCUCGAGGGGUUCAAAUUCGAACACGGUUGCUUCGUCCCUGUCCCCAAGCAGCACAAGAAGCUUGAAAUCAAACGCCGCUGUUUUCCGGCAACGUCAAAAUGCGGCUGUGAACAAGGCCAGCAGAGUGCGGGCGGAUGCGGGGGACGCAGCAGCGGCAGCGGCGCAGACGGCGGAGGCACCGCAGGCGACGUCGCCGAUGAUGGAGGUGGACAAGGACUCGUUUUACCCCGAGCUUGAGAAAGCCGCGGCCGCUGACAAGCUCGUCGUGCUCGAUAUGUACACCCAGUGGUGUGGCCCGUGCAAGCUGCUGGCGCCCAAGGUGGAGGCGUUGGCAGAGGAGAUGCAGGACGUGGUGUUCCUGAAGCUGGACUGCAACCAGACUAACAAGCCUCUGGCAAAGGGCCUUGGGGUGCGGUCGGUGCCGACGUUUAAGCUCUUUCGCAACCUGGCGCAGAUUGAUGAGGUGCAAGGAGCAAAAUACGACCUACUGGUUGAGAAGAUCACCAAACACCGAUGA